GCGUCACAUGCAUGCAGUUCCCGGGAGCGCUCCCUGCCCCUCGCCGCGCGGCGCACGCACGUCGUCGCUAGCGGCGCGCUCGCCCGGGUCACUUUGACACGGCUCUCCCCUCCCACUACCAGGACAAUUAGCAUAUUAAUAAAGCCCGGCCCAGCCCGACUCUGGCCGGAGAGCCGGCGCUUGCGAGAGGGAGAGGACGCGCGAACGGGAGCGAGCGCGAGGGCGGCGGCGAGGAGGGCGGCGGGAGCGCACAGACACGCACACGCACACGCGCACACACGGACACACACUCCGGGGACGCACACCCGCGCGUACACACGCAGAGGCAGCUCGCCUUCCUGCCUGGCUUCCUUCCUGUCUGCUCCGCGCCUGACAGGCCCCUCGCUGCAGGCAGGGGCGGCCCGCACCGGGCAGAGGCCGGGCCGGGCCGGCGGCGCGGGCAUCGGGGGCCGCGGGCGGCGGCAGCGGCUCAUGCCCGGCCUGUCCCUGCGAGGGGCGGGCAUCGUGACUCGGCUGGGUCCCCAGCGGCGGGCGAUGUGAAGAUGUCAGUGGGCUGUGCCUGUCCUGGUUGUUCCUCAAAGUCAUUCAAGCUGUACUCGCCGAAGGAGCCCCCGAACGGCAACGCCUUCCCUCCCUUCCAUCCCGGCACCAUGCUGGAUCGGGAUGUGGGCCCAACUCCCAUGUACCCACCUACAUACCUGGAGCCUGGGAUAGGGAGGCACACACCGUAUGGUAACCAAACUGACUACAGAAUAUUUGAGCUUAACAAACGGCUACAGAACUGGACAGAGGAGUGUGACAAUCUCUGGUGGGACGCCUUCACGACUGAGUUCUUUGAGGAUGAUGCCAUGUUGACCAUCACUUUCUGCCUGGAGGAUGGACCAAAGAGAUACACCAUUGGCCGCACCCUGAUACCACGCUACUUCCGAAGCAUUUUUGAGGGGGGCGCUACGGAGCUAUAUUACGUACUUAAGCAUCCCAAGGAGGCAUUCCACAGCAACUUUGUUUCCCUUGACUGUGACCAGGGCAGCAUGGUGACCCAGCAUGGCAAACCCAUGUUUACCCAGGUGUGUGUGGAAGGCCGGUUGUACCUGGAGUUCAUGUUUGACGACAUGAUGCGGAUAAAGACAUGGCACUUCAGUAUCCGGCAGCACAGAGAGCUCAUCCCCAGGAGUAUCCUGGCCAUGCACGCCCAGGACCCCCAAAUGCUGGAUCAGCUCUCCAAAAACAUCACCCGGUGUGGGUUGUCCAAUUCCACUCUCAACUACCUCCGACUCUGUGUGAUACUCGAGCCCAUGCAGGAACUCAUGUCCCGCCACAAGACCUACAGCCUCAGCCCCCGAGACUGCCUCAAGACCUGCCUUUUCCAAAAGUGGCAGCGCAUGGUAGCACCUCCUGCGGAGCCUGCACGACAGCAGCCCAGCAAACGGAGGAAAAGGAAGAUGUCAGGGGGUAGCACCAUGAGUUCGGGGGGUGGCAACACCAACAACAGCAACAGCAAGAAGAAGAGCCCAGCCAGCACCUUCGCUCUCUCCAGCCAGGUACCUGAUGUGAUGGUGGUGGGGGAGCCCACCCUGAUGGGCGGGGAGUUCGGGGACGAGGACGAGAGGCUCAUCACUCGGCUGGAGAACACCCAGUUUGACGCGGCCAACGGCAUUGACGACGAGGACAGCUUUAACAACUCCCCUGCACUGGGCGCCAACAGCCCCUGGAACAGCAAGCCUCCAUCCAGCCAAGAAAGCAAAUCGGAGAAUCCCACGUCACAGGCUUCCCAGUAAAGGCCUUACCACGGCCACCCAGCGCUCUGCCUGCCUACCCCUUACAGCUCCAGGGAGCAGAAGACAGAAUGAAGAGACUGGGCGUCUGAAAUGGGCAACCUCCAUCCACCCACUUCAGGGAGGGACUGGACUCGCUGGGGGCAGGUGCCAAGAUUUGCCCCCCAGUUGCCCUGGGCUGGGCCUGGCCCCUGCAGAGCCUUUUGGGGGAAGGGGGUACUCAUGUGGAUGCCUGUGUGGACCCUGGGCCUCUGAGAAAUGUCCUGACCCUCCUCUCCCCAGGGCAUUUGCCCCCAUUCUUACCCCAGGUUCUGGGUGCCCCAUCUUCCUGAUUUAUCCCUUUGAGCCUGGGGUUUGUACCCACAGCCCUUAGGGGUUAACUGUUGGGGCCUUGGUUGAACGCCCUUCCCCUAGGCGGCUGUCAACAGAGGGUAAAAUUCUGGGCUCCUCCCUUUUGCCACUUACCCAGCUCCAAGUUUUUAAAAAAAAUAAUAUUAUUAAAAAUGUAAAUUAAAAAAAAAAAGUCACU